AUGACCGUCGGAAGUGUGAAACACCCGAACAUGUUGCCCCCGCCGGCCGCAGCCUCAUCCACCCGCGUGCCCUCCUCCUUCGACUACAACGGUUCCGGAGCGGGUGGCAGAGUCGGUGGCGGCGUAGGCGGUGUGGGCGGCGGUGGCGGCGGCGGCGGCGUCGUUGGUGGCAACCUCCAGACGAGCGGUCGGAUCAGCCCGAACGCCCCAUCCACCAUGACCGGCAUGACGCGGUCCUCCACCAGGCGCUGCCUGCUCGGCAGGCCCGACCCGACCGAGACGAGGCGGAUAUACGACCAGAACAUCCAGGACGAGCGGCAGCGGAGCAUCGCGCGGUACGGGUUCGACACGCACACCAGCAAAUUCGUCCCGUCCAGCCCGCCCUCGAUUGCGUCCGCCGGGCUGCACCAUCGCAACCUCUAA